AUGAACGUCACAUGGGGUUUGCUGACGGUUUUGAGUGUGGUGUGCCACACAGAGUCGAGGUGCUCACCGACCUCUUAUUAUAAGAACUGCUGGAUCCGACGCUUCCCGGGUAUUUUCAUCGACAUCGAGGAGUCUCAGAGGAGAGGAGCGCAGCUUCUCAAGUAUUACCAGGAGGAGACGGCGCUGAAAUGCAGCCGCACCUGCUGCCUGACGAGGAACUUUUCCUGUAAUCUGGCCAUAUUUCACUAUGAUACUACUCAAGAAAACGUCAACUGCGUCCACCUGCACUGUCCAACACUGGAGAGCUGCAUCCUCAGUCACAGAGGCAACGUUGUUUUGUACAAUAUCACAAAGGGGGUGGAUCCUGACCUGCUGGUGUUUGGAAAAUACUUCACCUCCAACGUGCGCGUGUUACCCCACCACUACAGUCGAGUCAACGCCUCAGAGCCGCUGCCCUCAGACAAACGCCAGUUCAUACAUCCACCUCCACCCGCUGUCCUGCCUCUGACCUCUGCACCGACCGUUAAACCCCCCACCACAACAAGCAGAGUGUUCACAACCGCUGCUGCCACUACGCUGCCGAGCACCAGUCAGCCUGCAACUGUUUCCACAACUACAGCCACAUUUUCUUCCACUCCAUCUGCUCCUCUGACAGUCCUGGGGAACCAUGCACAAACAACAGCCCCAACCACCUCCUCCGUUUCUCCUGCGCCCAGCUUUACUACGCCUCCCUCAUCCACAGCCACCACUCCUGUCUUUUCUACCACAACUGCACAGCCCUCCACAUUCACCCCUAUCCAGCGGCACAUCACCACCUUCUCUCAAUCAACCACCAGCCCUCCAGCCUCCACAGCCCUUAUGGGUAACACAGAGAGCAGCAAGCAAUACCCCAAUGACACCGAGGGCAGCCUGGGGAGGAACCACACUGCAGGCGCUGAGGGAGGUCAGGGAGUCAGCGGGGAGGACACUUUAGGGGGGUUGGGACCUGGGUGGCACGUAGCCGCUCACACCUUGCUGGUUGCAGUGGCCAUCUGUAUCACAGUGCUGCUGAGCUGCUGUUGCUCCAUCCUGCUGGUGGUGAGCUGGAGAGGUCAGAGGAAAAGGAUGGGACGCUACCGACCAUCAUGGCGAGGGAAGAGAGGCUCCAUGCGUCUCAUAAAGUACGUGCUGGUCAGAGAGAGUUCCUGA